UCUUCCUCAUUAGUAAACCACACACUUAACACUUCUAGCCAAAGCCAACGCUGUCUUUCUCUUACACAACUUUUCUCUCUAUCUCUCUAAAAAUGAAGCUCUCUAUACGUUUGAUCUCAGCCGUUCUUGUCUUGUUCAUGAUAUUUGUCGCCACAGGGAUGGGUCCAGUCACGGUGGAGGCACGCACUUGUGAGUCAAAGAGCCAUAGGUUCAAGGGUAAAUGCUUCAGCGAAACAAACUGCAGAAACGUGUGCCACAAUGAAGGCUUUUCAGGAGGCAAUUGUCGUGGAUUCCGUCGUCGUUGCUUCUGCACCAGACAUUGCUGAUUUAUCCAUUCUCAUAACUCGAUCUUCCAUCCACUUUCGUGUUUUCUUUCUCUUCUUUCUGU